AUGGCAAAAAAAGAAAGAAAUGGGAAGCGUUCACGAGAUAAAACUAGGAGCAUGGUGGAGGAUCUCGAUCUGGAUGUCAGUGAUGUUGAGAACAUAGAUCAGUACAAUGAUGAAGACAUUGUACAUAAUAGAGGGAAAAGAAAGACAUCAUCCCGGAAUGUUGACGAUGAAGACACCAUCCACGCUGUGAUGCCGUCCGAUGCACACCGCUUGGAAGGCUUGGGUGAUGAUGAGCAUGGUGGCUAUCUCGAAGAGGAGGAACUGGCAAAGGCAACGGAGAGAAGCAUGCGCAAAAAGGCUGCGGAAGAAGAUUUUUCAAUACCCGGUCUGUCUUUGACCUUGACUUCGAAGGCUGCAAGUCGGGAUAAGAAAACUGCGGCAAAAAGUGAUGUACUCGAUGCGAUACCGGCGGUUGAAGCGGUGGAGCGUGAUUUUGCUUUGCUUACUACUAGUGAACGUUUGAGAAUUCUAAAAAAUGAGUCUCCUGAAUUGCUCAAGAUGCUCGACGAUUUGAAAAAGUACCUUUCCGACAUCCGAGAGCUUGCCAAACCGCUUCACGAGUUGUUGUAUGAGCGAAAAGUCUCCGAAGCGGAUAAAAAAUUCGUGACCUUUCUCGAAACCAAGGUUCAGCUAAUGCUGAGCUAUUGCAUGCACGUCAGCUUUUACCUCCUGCUCAAAUCGGAGGGCAAAAAAGUCGCGGGCCAUCCCGUCAUCGACAACUUGGUCGAAAUUCGAGUCUACCUGGAGAAGCUGUGGCCCAUGGAGGAGAAGCUGCAGUACUCGUUGAAUCGCCUGCUGAGCGGCAAAACCGCGUCCACGGUCCACGUGGACGAGCUCCGGCCCUUGCCAGGCCAUGACGGCGGCGUCUACGCCCCCGCGCGCGGCGUGCGGGAAGCCGAGGCCCGCGACCACCGGCGCCAGCUGAGGGAUGCCCAGGACGCGGCGGACCUGGAGAAGGAGGAAUUGGCGGCCAUGACCCGCGUGCGCACCAAAAAGGCCACCUUCCUCAACAAUCUCCAGCCCAGCUCCAAGGUGGCCCCGCUGACCUACCAAGAGGAGGCGGACCAGUAUUUCACUAAACUCCACAACAACUCCGACGACGAGAAGGACGCCGGGCUGUCCCUCAUGGAGGCGCUUCGGAGGCGCCAGCAGGGCGCGAAGGAGGCGGAGGGGACGAGCCGACCCCUCGACGAACGCGAAACCGACAAUCCCACCGACGAGGAGGAAGGGCCGUCGGACGAGGACGACAUGCUCGAGCUGGAUGGUGAAUCGGAUGAAAUGGGCGAGGCGGACAAUGACUUGGACGACGAGGCGGACUAUGAGGCAUUUUUUGAGGAGGAAAAGGAGCGGGAGCGCGAUCGCGCGGCGGCGGCGGCGGCACCCCGCGCGAAGCUCCACACUAAAGAGCUGGACCGCCGGAAAGCCGGCAAAAAGAUUGAGUCCCACCGUGGACUCACCAAGGCCCGCCCGAAGGAUCGCAAGACGCCGAGGGUGGCUCAGCGCCGCAAGUAUGAGCGCGGGCUGCGCGUCCAGAAGGCCCAGGCCCCGAACUACCAACCCGAGCCAGAGAAAGGCUUCGUUGGGGUGCGCUCGAUUAAACCAGGUGUGGUUCGCGGGCGUAAACUACAAUAG